CUAAAUUGACAAGUAAACCAAAACAGCUGGUACACAAAAGAUAAAAAUCAGAAAAUAUUACAUGAAAUUUGUAAUAAAUUUGAUAAGAAUAACUUUAACGAGACAAUUCUAACGUAUGUUUUAACAUCAAAAAGCGACAAGACUGUUUUUUUGCUUUCCUGUAUUGAAAAAGUUAGGUUAUAAGUUGUUAUGAGUCAAUGCGAUUGUAAUAAGAUGAAUUGAGGAUUUUGACGCAGUGCCUUGAGAUUUUACGCCUUAUAUGGGUUGAGGAAGUAUUAAAGUUCUACCUGGAUCAGUCUGAAUUGAUUACUCAAGAUGAGUGAACGCGAAGGUGCUAGCAGUUCAGGAUCUCAAAGAGCAGACAAAGGGGACAAGACUACAAUGACUCCAUCCCAACCAAUGCCUACAGGAUCAAGUCCCAGAGGAGGCAGUUACUACGCCAGUGAACCCAUUCAGUUCAGAGUUCGCGGUUCGACCAUAACCGGGGCGUCUCCCCCCAAGUUCGUCACUCUGGAGGAUAUCAUGAAAGCUGCUCACAGCAUGCAGAACAUGGCACUAGCUCACGAGAUUGCAGUAGACCAGGACUUCAAACUGGAGCCUUUUGAGCCUCCUGAUAACAGUUACCAGAAGUUAGUGAAGGAAACUAUGCACAAGGCUUACUUCGACAUUUUACGAGAACAACUCAAUUCUGAUCCACCGGAGUACAAGCAGGCUCUUGUAUUACUCGAAGAUGUCAAACAGGGCCUAUUCUCCAUCCUGUUACCUCGGCACACUCGCAUCAGAGAGAUGAUAGAGGAAGUGCUGGACACAGACUUCAUAAAGCAGCAAGCUGAAAACAACAGCUUGGAUUUCCACAAAUACGCUAAAUUCGUCAUAGAUCUGAUGGCGAAACUGGCUGCUCCGGCUAGGGAUGAGAUGAUACAGAACAUCACCACUUUGACUGAUACUGUAGACAUAUUCCGAGCUAUUCUAGAAACGCUAGAAGUGUUGAAGUUGGACCUGGCUAACACGCUGAUCGCGAUGAUACGCCCGCACGUUCAGAAGGAGAGCGUGCAAUACGAACGGGCGAAGUUCGACGAAAUGCUCAAGGUUUCUGAAGACGGUCUCCAACACACGAAGGCAUGGUUGCGCAGACAUAUAGACAAAACCGGUCUGAGUAUACCUGUGACUGACCAGAACAUCAUCAGGAAUGUGACAGCGCAAACGCUGGCGAAGGCAUACUUGGAACUGCUAGAGUGGGACGACAAAUAUGGAUACCCGGAGACAUUAACUCUAGACGCGCCACGUUUCGCGGAAUUAGGCAUACAAGUGUAUCGGCUCAUUUGCGUGGCGUCCCUCAUGCUGGUGAGUCCCUCGUGCGGCUCUGACCCCUCCGCAGCUCAGCACAAACAGGCUUUGAAGGACAAGAUCGUUAUCAUCAUGGACAACACAUCUAAUGACACGGAACUCAAAGCAAUACUGCCCUCGAUUGCCGAGGAGGUGAUCUCGGUGACGGAGCAGCUGCUGGAGAAUCUGAACCAGGCGCCGCUCACGGCUGACACCAAGGAGCUCAUCAGGACUCAGAUCGUGUCUUUGAGAGACCCAGAGCAUAGGGUGCGGCAGAUUGUGCGCCAGCGUAUACUUGAGUUUCUUAAAAUGAUACUAGCCUGCGCGGGCGGCUCCCGUCAGAUUCCCGUGGGAUUGUCAGCUUUUGCGCGGGAAUUGACAGCCGUUUCGGGAACGCUUCUGCGAUACGUCAUGCAUAAUAAGGCCGUAUUCACAAGUCAUUACAUGGACAUAAUAGCUGAAGAACUCAGUAGAAGUUAAGAGACGUUUAGUUUAAGAAUUCUUAUGUUUAUCCUCAUAUGAAUAACCUCUUGUUCGUGGUGAUCAGGUUUUAUAACAGCUGUGUGAUAAAAGUACAGUCGCCAACAGAAAAUCAAUGACCCCGUGUUGAAAAUCACGAACCAAAACUAUAGAGCAGUCAAAUUUUUCAGCACUUAAUAUUUUUUAAAUAUAAAAUUUAUUAACAAAAAUUAUAAUUGAAGAAACCUUUUUGACAAAGCGUAUUUGCUAAACAUGCUUUGUCAAAAGUUUCUUCAAAUUAAUAAUCUAAUAAUAGUUAAUCUGUAUUAUGGACAGUAACAUUUACAACAUGCGUCAAAAAUUUUAUCGAGGCCUUUCACUGAUCCAGCGCAUAUUAUUCCAUAUUGUAGAAAGCUUACAAUUCUCAAUUUACGUUCUCUAACAUUCAAUAACGUAAAAAAGUAUUCAGGGUUAUCAAUAUGUUUUAACAAACUUAUAUUUAAAAAUAAUCUUAUUCGUGAAAGACAUAAUUAAUUAAUUUAAAUUCUUAGUGCAGUGCAGUUUGCGCCUCUUUCUUGACAUAGUCGUAUGACGACUAUUUUGACUUUAAUAUUUUUUUUUAUAAUCGAUUUUAAUAAAGGUUAACUAUGCUAACUUCAUUGAUACUAACUAUAACUUGUUUAACUAUAAUAUUAAAUGUAAUCUUUUCACUUUUCCUCGUAAUUACAACUUUAACAUUUGAAAUCAAUGUUGACAUAAUUUAAGAGAUUUACAAUGCAUUGUAACGAAACUAUUCCGCCUUAUAAGAACAAUAGUAAAAAGUUUAAAUGUGUUAACCGACUACACUACAUAAAGCAAACGCAUUCUGGUUAUACAUUUUAAAAAAACUAAUUAGCAGAUAAGGUAUUAAACUCAUUACCUACCCUUACUUCCGGUGGCUUGGCCUGAGUCGGUCGAAAAGUUAACAUGUAAAAUUUUAUCAAUUCCUUGAUGACUGAAUGAAUGCCAUUAAAAAUUGUAUUUGAAAGGUUAUAUAUUAAAAGAUCAAUAUCUUUAAAUAUAUAACGUCAAAAUUAACAUAAAGCCUAAUAUUUUUUUAAGAUAUAUGCAUUUAUGUAUUUAAGGGUUUGUGAUUUAAAUUUAUGUUAGCACUUAGCACGCAUUUGAGGAAUAUGAAGUACAUUAAUGAAUUUUAAAAAAAGUUGAAAGGAAAGCAUAAAUGAACGGCAUCUGAAAAAAUUUUACAUUAUUCCAUAUAAUGUAAAAAUCUGAUUUUCCUGAAGCAAUAAAUAAGAUUUAUUUUUAAGAAAAAUCAACAAAAGCAGACUGCAAUAUAAAAAAAAAUAAUAUUGAUUUGGUAUUUUUAAGUGUGUCGUUUUUAGAAAUCAAUGUGAGAAAUUGUUGAAUGUAUUUUAUCAAAAAAAUAUAUUUUACUAAAUUAGGUUUACAAAAUAGAUUAAAAAAAAUUGUUUUCUAAACAUGAAUUCUGUUAUAUGUUUUGUGAAUGUAAUCACAAGUGUAUGCGCACUAAUAAAAACUCUUCGCUGACAUUA